UUUUUAUUGCAAUGAUUCCUCAUUGCGACAGCUAUUUGCAAUUUAAUUAGCAACCAUAUACCAUCACAUAUACACUGUGUCACUUCCUAAGAGAAAAUGACCCCAAUAUUUAAUAUUCACCUGUUUCUUCAUUUGUUAUUAGUAUGCUUCGCUGGAGCUGGAGCAGCAGCAGCAGCUCAAGAUGAAUGCUUGCCAACAAGGUGUGGUGAUUCCGGUCCAGUAAUUCGAUUUCCAUUCCGGCUCAAAGAUCAUCAGCCAGCUCACUGUGGCUACCCUGGUUUCGAAUUAUCUUGCACCACUGAUGAUGUCACUCGAUUCAACCUCCAGGCAUCUGCAAAGAACGUUAACAUCCCAAUAUCAAGCAGUGUUUUUGUUGAGGAAAUUGAUUACAAAUCCCAGGCAAUAAAAGUAUCAGAUUUCAAUGCUUCAUGUUUUCGCAGGCAGAUUCAAAACAUAAACUCGUCUGUUUGGCCGUUUACCUUUGAUCAGAACGCGUAUGAUGGCUUCACUUUAUUCAAUUGUUCCUCAUACAACAAGCACUCAUUUGCUUAUUCUCGGAUCAAUUGCCUUAGCAGCCCUCAUUAUGACGUCCUUGCUUUUCGCUCUGCAUCAGCUAUCUGGCUAUUACCAUCUUCCUGUACAAAGAUGUACAACAUUGCAGAUAUUCCAGACGAGGUACUUUUUGGGCCACCAGAUUUUAGUCAAACACAGAUUAAUCUGUACUGGUCAGAACCAUUUUGUGGAAAUUGUGAAGCUAAUGGAAAGUACUGUAAGUUGAAAUCGAAUGGCUCGGGUCAUGAAACCGAAUGCCUUGACAUUCCAGAACAGCCUGGCAAAGGGCUGUCAAAGCAAGUUACUAUUGCAAUUGUACUAGGUAGCGUGUUUGCCUUUGUGUUAAUCGUUCUAGCAGUCUAUACGAUUGUCAAAUUGAAAAUAAAGAAAGAGGAUCAGAAAAGGAUUGAGAGGUUACUGGAGGAUUAUAAGUCUCUGAGACCUACAAGAUACAGUUACGCAGAUAUUAAGAAGAUCACAGAGCAAUUCAAGUAUAAACUUGGUCAAGGAGGCUAUGGGGAAGUAUACAGAGGGAAGCUUUCAAAUGAAAUUCUUGUCGCGGUUAAGGUCCUUAACAAUUUCAAGGGUGAAGGAGAAGACUUCAUCAAUGAAGUGGGCAGCAUAGGUCGAAUUCACCAUGUGAACGUUGUGCGCUUAGUUGGUUAUUGUGCUGAUGGAUAUAGACGAGCUCUCGUGUAUGAAUAUUUACCAAACGACACACUUCAAAAGAUCAUAUCAUCAGGGAAUGGAAGAGGGUCACCACUAGGUUGGGAGAAGAUGCAGCAAAUAGCUGUAGGAACCGCCAAAGGUAUCGAGUAUUUGCAUCAAGGGUGCAAUCAACGAAUUGUUCACUUUGACAUUAAACCUCAUAAUAUCUUGCUAGACCAAGAUUUCAAUCCAAAAGUUGCGGAUUUUGGUCUGGCAAAGUUGUGCUCGAAGGAACAAAGUGCUGUGUCAAUGACUGCUGCUCGAGGCACCAUUGGCUAUAUUGCCCCUGAAGUGUUCUCCAGGAACUAUGGGGAUGUGUCAUAUAGAGCAGAUAUUUAUAGUUUUGGCAUGCUGUUGCUGGAUACGAUUGGUGGAAGAAAGAAAUUUAAAGCCGCAAAUGAGCAAAGCAAUAUCAGUGAGAUUUACUACCCAGAGUGGAUGUACAAACAGCUGGAGAAAGGAGAAGAAAUAGCAAUCCAAAUUGAGAAUGAAGAUGACAGCAGCAUAAUCAAGAAACUAGCAAUUGUAGGACUUUGGUGCAUUCAGUGGUCUCCAUUGGAUAGACCAUCAAUGAAAGUUGUGAUUCAAAUGCUAGAAGGAGAAGGCAUUCCAAUUAUGCCUGCAAAUCCAUUCGGUUCAAUGAAUUUGACUGCUGCAGAGGGAAGUCAAUUCAUCAAUGAGCUUGGAAGCAGUUUUGAAACCGGUGCAAGUUCCAAUUGAGUAAGCGAUGCACGAUAUUUGUCUCCACAAUAGAACAGAAUAAGACUGAAGUUACUUAAUACUACUAGCUAGUGUCCUUGGUGUAUAUUUGUAUCAAUUUGAUUGUUGUAAAUUGUACCGAAUAGACUGAAUAAAGUAUUGGAAAUCUUACGGAAAAUACCUGAUCACGAACCCUGUAAGGGAUUCUUGAACAAUCUCAUAGCUUGAGGCAUAUCAAUUAAGACACUGUCCUU